AUGCUUGCGGGAUCCGAAAACCCCCCGAGUAAUGGUGGAGAUGGCCCCAAGCUCCGGGCCGCUUGCGAGAAUUGUCGACAAUCCAAGGUCAAAUGCAACCUAGGCGGAAAGAAUACUUGCAUCCGCUGUCUCCGGCAUGGGUUGCCAUGUCGGUACCGGGUUGCCAAUCGGUCUGGUAAGCCGAAGGGCAGCAAAAACCGAGCUACAUUGAGGAAACUAGGACAGCUUCAGGAAACGUCGGCAGUUCAAGUCUCCGGGAGGAGCUCGAAACGCAGGACUCUUCAAGCCACCGAGCCACCGCGUGCGGAACAGGAGUUGAAUAGAAGUGAUAGUGAGACGCGAGAACCCAGUCAACAGCUCACAGACAGUCCUCUAAGUCAAACUAGUACAGCCAAUACAUGUCUGCUGCUAAGUGAGUCGCCGGCGGACUACGCGACUUCGUAUAGGGAUCCGCUACCCGAUUCGACGCAUGCGGCUUCCAUGUCGCCCACGUUUCUCCAGAAAGAGUUUAUCACAAAAGGAUUAACGAGCUUCCCACUUGCCGUACAUAUCCCCAACGUCCUACAGCCCGUAUGCGACUGUGGUGAGACGAUAGAGUUCCAUGCGAACACUCUACAACAUAUUGUGGCUGACCCAAUCCAUACGCGAUUUGAUCAGGGCCUGCAGGCUGUCAAGGAGGCGCUGUCGGUCUGUCGAAGGUUCCUGCAGUGCCACAGCUGCCACAAGGAUAACACGCACGUGCUGAUAUCCGUAACGACACUGGGAUUGGCACUACAGCUGUUCAAUUACUGGAUAUCCUACCAAUGCGCUGCGCACGUCUGCACGAGCAACGACGAAGUCGGGUACGGCGCGUAUGAAUUGGGGCCCGAGGAGACGCGACGAGUGCGCCGCGUGCUCAUCCGAGGCCGACUCCAACAGUGUAAGGAGGUGGUGGCAUCGCUCAAAGGAACAAUCGAGCUGUCCAGCGCAGACCUAGAGGGGACCUGGCUGCAGCAGGUCAUCCGCGGAUACGAAGGAACGGUGGAAGCCUAUCUGCAACCGAUGGGCUGCAUGGCCCACCGUCUCUCCCAGAUCUCCUCCCACCUCAACUACCCCCAAGGCCUCCUCGCCAAUCAAGUCGCCAUCAUCACCGGCGGUGGCCAGGGCAUCGGCGCCGAGACCGCGAAGUUAUUCGCCAAUGAAGGCGCCAAAGUCGUCAUUGCUGAUAUCGAUGCUGAAAAAGCCACAAACACAGCCAACGCCAUCAACGCCGCGGGCCCGAACCGGGCCAUCGCCGUCACGGGGGAUAUUCUCGAUGAUGCAUAUAUCGAGUCGUUGGUGAAGAAGGCGGCUGAGUUCGGGAAUGGCAAGAUUCAUGUCAUUGUUAAUAAUGCGGGGUUUACGUGGGAUGGGGUGAUUCAUAAGAUUACGGAUAAACAAUGGGAUACUAUGCUGGCUGUGCACAAUACGGCGCCGUUUAAGCUGGUGCGUGCUGCGGCCAAGUAUUUCCGGGUGAAGGAUGGCGAGCCGCGGGUGAUCAUUAACAUCAGCAGUACGAGUGGGAUUCAUGGGAAUGCAGGCCAGGCUAACUACGCCCUCGCCAAGGCCGGAGUGGUUGGACUCACCAAGACCAUCGCCAAAGAAUGGGGUCCCGCGUUUGGGGUCCGGUCGAACACCAUUGCCUUUGGCCAUGUGCAGACCCGCCUGACGGCAGCCAAGGAGAAGGGCGCGUUCAUUACCACGCCAGACGGCACCAAGGUGGCGCUGGGCAUUCCCGGGAAGCAGCUGGAGUCGCGCAAGGGCGGCGCGGGCGAGCAGAAGCAGACAUACCCGGAUAUCCCGUUGGGAAGACCGGCCUCGCCCGAGGAGGCGGCGAAGUCUGUCCUGGCCGUGGCUAGUCCCCUGUUCUCGUACGUGACGGGUGAGACGAUUCGGGUUACUGGUGGCAGGAACAUGUAG